AUGGAGGAAGCGGGCGGCCGGAAGCGUGCGCUGCGGCGCUCGACCCAGGCAGUUCAGAGGGGUAGGUACCAGGAGCCGUAUGCGCUCGGGGUUCAAAGGCCGGCCUGGGUUCACCCAGACCCGGUCUUUGACCCCGGCGCGGCUCGUUGGGCGUCCUUCCCGACCAUUCCCCUGGACCAGCGGGGUCCAGGGGAUGAGUAUGUGGAGGCGAGAGACCGGGGCGAGCUGGACGCCUGGCUGCGGGAGCAGAACCCCUCCCCUGAGCACUUCAGUGACGACGCCGCAGAGGAGAAGGAGGAGGACGAGCGGCUGGAGAGCGUGCGUGAGGCCAAGGGCGAGGACGAGGGCGAGGGGCUCUCGACAAACAUGGACUGGGGCAGCCCAGAGCCUGGGGAGGUUGAGCCCAUUGCUUGGGCUCACCUCGGCCACGGCGCCCAAUGGGUCUUGCUGGAGGUCCUUUGUGACUCCAAGACCUUUGCUUCGGCAACCCGGGCUCUGGGCCUAACCACUCCAGAGGUCAUUGACUUCGUUGUGGUCUACAUCCAGUACCACCGCCAGAUCCAGGAGUGGGCAGAGACCUGCGACCAGAUGAGCGCCUCUGAACUCCUCGACCUGAUCCAUGGCCAAGGGCCGUCGAGGAACGGCGUGAAUGUUCUGCACCAGCCGGAUCUUCCCACUCACACCAUCAAGCCCGACGAGUAUAAGAAGGCCUGCCAGUAUUUGCGCCAAACUGGAUUAGGCGAGCACAUCCGAGGACUUGGGAAGUGCCGGGGGAUCUCAGAGGGCUUCCUCCAGAUUCCCAUCGAGCGAGAGAUUCUGGCCUCCUGCAUUGCCAUCCUUGAGAAUGGCAAGAAUGGUUCAGAUGUGCACGACAUCGACAAUACUAGUCACAACGGACGGCAAACUUGGCACGACCAGUACGACGAGAAGCACCGUGAAUUGGUGAAGAGAGUAUUGCAGAUUCAAGCAUACCUCCCUAUCUUGGAUCUCACGACAGGCAUCCAGGCGAGUACACCGUCUGCGACCGAUCCUACAGAGCAGCACAGCACUCCUACUCCAGAGUCAGUGAGUGAGCCUCACAAUGCCGGUCAAGUAUACGCUCAGAACAACCCAAUGUUUGGCGAGAACAGCCAGUAUGCAUGGGUCUUUGAUAACUUGGACAUGGACGAGCUUUACGAUCCAACCGAAGUCCACAAGUAUCGCAACCGUCCCGCUGUCUCUUAUGAGAGCUUCCAGUCUGCUGCCGAUGGCGCACCUGAGAAUACUCAGGUGCAGGACGAUGAUCAACAUGAGGAGUACCCGCUUCCCGAUGAUCAAGCACUCGACGAAGCAUUCCACGAGGCUCAAGACAACAAUCUUCCGGAUGCCCUCUUGUUCCCCUUCGAGGGACUCCUGUCCGAGGCAGAGGAGCUCAUGCCCUGCCCCUUCUUCGCAGACCCAGAGCCAACCGUGGACCAUACUCUCAUCUCUACGAACCCGUCUCUCCCCGUAUUGCAGGCUCAAGAUGAGGGCCAGUUGGCUCCACAGAGCGCAAGCUCAGCGGUGCCUCAGCCCUUCAUUUCUUAUAUCGAUGAGGUGGACCCCAACAGGAAGCCUUCGGACUCACCUGCCUACGAAUAUUUCCAGUCAGCUGACUACAAGACACUUCUCUACAGCAACCACCCAGAUUGGUUCGUCGACGAGAUGUUACUUCCAGUUGUUCGACCGGAGGUGCCCUCUAUCCAGGCGACCGCUCAUCAGAGUGUUGUUCAAGAGGCCAGUCAACAGGAGAACAAUCUUGAAGCGAACUCGAACGUCAACUUGAGUGCCAACUCGGACGCGAGCUCCAAAGCGAACUCGAAAGGCGACGCGAACAUCAACUCGAAUGCCGCCGCGAACGCCAAUCCGAGCGCCGCCCCGAACUCCAACUUGAACAUGGAGCCUUCGCAUCCGACGCCGAGCACCGAUACGUCUGGAGCUCCUGGAGUGUCUGAAGUGUCUGAAGCGCCUGCAGUCUCUCACGCCCCCAAGCUCUUCGACGCCCCCGGAUUUUCUGCAGUCGCCAAUAUUCCCCAGAGCUCUACAAUCACUGAGCCUUCGAAGGUAUCUAGAGUCCCUGGAAGCUCUGAGGCGUCCGCGGUAUCUACAGCAAAGGAGCCUCGCUUCGCCCUGAAGACUCCUGUGCUUCCAGCCCAGGAAGAAAUCACUUUCUACAACACCCCUGCGGUUGUCGCCAGAGACUCGCGCCCGCGCACUGUCAUUGACUUGACUGAUGAUUCUGCGAGACCUACGGCUGCUACUCCAGCGAGGCCCAUGGCCAAUACUCCUGCGAGACCCGCGGUCGCUCCUCCCACGAGAAACACCAACACAGCCCGAACUCCGGCUAUGCGCAUGGAUAGUCCCGAAGCUCCAUCCACCAAGAGCUCUGCCAAGCCAUCCCGCAAGCGUGCGGCUGAUGACAGCGAUGGCGACUACGUUCCCAAGCCCAAGAGAGCCCGCCCUGCGAAGAAGGCUGCGGCCGUUCUGCCCCAACCGCAGGUGAUGGGUCCUGACGGAGUACUCAUACCCGUCAAGCGUGGCCGAGGACGUCCCCGCAAGUAUCCCAGACCCGAGGACAUCGCUGCCGCGCAGGCUGCUGCUGCUGCGAAUCAGGCUUCUGUGAGUCAAGCUGCCACGAACCAAGCUGCCACGAACCAAGCUGCCACGAACCAAGCUGCCACGAACCAAGCUGCCACGAACCAAGCUGUCACGAACCAAGCUACUACGGACCAGACUGCUGCGAAACAGACUGAUACAAACCCAGCUGCCACGAAUCAGGCUGACACAAACCAAGCUACCGCAAAGCGAUCUACAAACCAGGCGAUGGCCAUGCAGACUCCCGCGAACAGUUCUCCCGUUCUCAACGCUGCUACACCUCCAGCGAACGACCCAAUUCCUAGCACCGAGCCAAUGCUCCCGCAGGCGGCCAAAGGUGCCGCGCCGAGUCGGAGACGUCGAAACAAAACGAAGACAAACCAGUCUACCGAGAGCAGCCGUCAAGCUAGCGUCGAUCAGCCUCACAUGCAGAGAAUUGCCCAGUACCAGGACAGAAUGACCCCCGUCUCGAGAUACAGCAAUGAGCCUUCGAACUCAUAUACCGGCUCCAGAGCUGACGUUCGUCCAACGACGAGCUACGAGCGUAUGCCUGCGUCUUUCAUUACUGAGAUGAGACCGUCUGGUACUGACUUGCGUCAAUCCUCGCUUCCUGGAGCCUAUGAGCCUUUAAGUUCAUACGCUACUUUUCCGGCGCCCGAACCCAGAGCUGGUAUUCAUCAGCCGACAAGCUACGAGCGCACGCCUCAUCCUUCUUCUUUCGGCACGCGUCCAUCUGCUGCUGAGCCGCGUCAAUCGUCGACUCCUAGAGCCUAUCAGCCUUCGAACUCAUACACUGCUAUGGAGACUGCAUCCACAGAGUAUAGUCGUCGUCAGGAUGAAAUCCAAGAGCGUAUGCCCACAGCUUCUGCUUCACGCAUGCAGUCGUCAGCUAGUGCGCUGCGUCAAUCCUCGGUCCCUAGUCCCUAUUCGAAUCCGAACCCAUUCUCUGCUCUAGAGACCGAUUUCACGACUUACGGUCGUCAGCCUGGACGCCAAGAGCGUAAGCCCACGUCUUCGACUUCUACGAUGCAGCCACCUGCUACUGACGCGCGUCAAUUAUCGCUUCCUGGGGCUUAUUCUCGCCCUCCCGCACUUACACCCCAACCCGACAUCGAGAUCCUAGAGCCCUCCAUGCCAGCCAGAGCGCCAGCUCUGAACCGCUCGUCUUUCCAGCAAUCAUCGGAUACUGCUGCCUCAAACAACUCUUCGCGCAAAGUCGAUCCCAAGGACCCAGGACCUCCUCGCCGGGACAAGCUUGGCAGGUUGUUCCCUCCUCAGUAUGAGACAUACGAGCAGUUCUGGGUAUCGGUGCCCGAUGGGGCGGACUAUGCCUUGAAGAUGGUCGAGAAGGGGUGGCCUUCCGACAUUGCCAUGCAGCUUGCCCGAGAGCGCAUUGCUAUGAACAUGGCUUCGUGGCCCAACAGCAUCUACUCGCUUCAUUACAAGCCGACUCCUGCGCCAACCCCGUUCCCGGGCGUUACCGCUAGCAUUCGCAGAGAGAUUGAAGCUGAGAAGGCCGCCGCCGCUCAGAAGCGCAAAGAAAACGAACAGGCAGACAAGUGAUUCGGCCGAUGACCUUGCUAGCGAGUUCCUAC